AUGAAUGUAGCAGAUAAGAAUGUAAAAUUGCGAAAAUUCACAUUAUUAGCAUGGGGAAUCAUAAUACCACUUCUCAUUGCUGCUGUCAUCGUACUUGGUAGCUUGUAUAUGAUUUUGAGAACGGAACUUCAGAAACACAACGUUGCUGCUCAACCUUUUGGUCACUAUGAUCUAUGUACAUGCAAAAAAAAGUUUGAUAUACCUCCAUUACUCAUCGUUAGUUUUGAUGGUUUCCGAGAUAGUUACUUGGAUAAAAAUAUCACACCAACAAUCCAGCGUUUGAUCAACUAUGGUACCCAUAGCAAAUAUAUGUUACCAACAUUUCCUUCAAAAACUUUUCCCAACCAUUAUACCAUUGCAACAGGACUUUAUCCCGCUUGGCAUGGAAUCGUAGAUAAUCGUUUUUACGAUACCCAAUUCAAGGAUUUUUUCCGCAAAAGUACCAAAAAAUCUGGAUGGUUUCUCGGAGAACCGAUAUGGGAAACGGUACAAAAAGCGGGUCACAAAUCAGGAGUAUUUUUCUGGCCUGGAAGUGAAGGAGAGGGUAAAUGGCCCAAUUAUUGGAGGAAUUACAGUAGCUCUGUACCAUUCACAGAUCGUAUUGAUACAAUAAUCGAAUGGUUAACACUGCCGGAUAAUGAACGACCAUUACUUAUACAAGCAUAUUUUGAGGAACCGGAUCAUGCCGGGCAUGCGGGUGGACCGGAUUCUCAAAUGGUUCGCACGGCGAUGAUCUUAAUGGAUGGAAUGCUUAACUAUUUGAUAAAUCGACUGGCUGAAGAAGGUUUUAUGGGUUGCAUUAAUUUCAUCCUUCUUUCCGAUCAUGGUAUGCAACAAAUGGACAAGACAAGGUCUGUGAUUGCUCAGAGUUACUUAGGACCACAAUUCAGCGACAUUUUUUUUUCUGGCGUGGUAGCUCAAAUAAAAAUCAACCAGACCGCUUAUUCAUCUCAAAACGAUGCAGAUAAUGCAGUUAAUGAUUUAAUUUCGAAGAUGGAAUGUCGACAUGGAAAUAAUUAUUUAGUAUACAGAAAGGAUUUGGUUCCAAUAAGGUUUCAUUAUUCUGGUUCAUCAAGAAUAGGCGAAAUUAUCAUUAAAGGAGUUCCAGGAAUAUGCAUUUUCCUGACAGAUGAACAGAGAGAAUCGUACAAAAAUUUUGGCGACCACGGAUACGAUAACCGGAUUGAGAGCAUGAGAGCCAUCUUCAUUGCUGUCGGUCCUGAUAUUGCGCAAAAUCGGGAAAUCAGUAGCUUCCAGAACAUUGAGCUUUAUAAUCUAUUCGCAAAUUUAUUACGAAUUGAUGCGGCACCAAACAAUGGAACUAAUGGUACUUUAUUUACUGUACUCCGCAAUCCGCCAGCCUAUCCGAUAACGGCUGUCAAUCGUCCAUCAGAACAAUGCACUGAUAAGAUAAACAUAAAAAUUUGUAAUUUCUCACAUAACUGCCCGCUAAUGGAUGAUGUGUACCGGAAUUGUCCGAUGACAUUACACAGUUCUGUUAGUGCCGCUUAUCAUUUCACGGGUGAACUCUGCAGCAUAAAAUUAUGUGAUGCAAUUAUACAUUUUGAUAAAAAGUUGCGAAAGACAGUAAUGGUGGAAGGUAUCAUGCGGAAUAUUAUUUGGAUGAAAGAGAUAAAGGGAAAUUGUGUGACUUAUGUUGACAAUAUCACAGAGACUAAUUCAUAUGAAACUCCAAAGAAUGAAAACUACUCGCCAAUCUCACUAUUUGGAAAUCUUGACCGCUAUUAUACGCUUGAUCUAACUCAGUUGUUGGUGCCAAAAACAUUUGCUGAUGGAAUAUGGCAGUACGUUUUAAAUGAAACAGUUGAAUAUCUGGCCAAGUAUCGUAACUUACGGUUCUUUUCUGGUGCAGUAUAUGAUCAAGAUGGAGAUGGGGUACGCGACAGUGACGAUCUCAUCAGGAGAAGUGAUCCAACACAUUUAUUCUUCGUGCUCAUGUGGUGCGAAAAUAGCGUAUUAGUCGGUUAUACUUCAUGCAAAGAUAUUGUUUUCGUCCCUUACAUAUUACCUUUUAACGGCAAAAAUUUGAACUGUUUGAAACCUUCGGAAUAUCUCUAUGACAAUACAGCUCGCAUGCGGGAUAUCGAACUAUUGACCGGAAUGGAAUUUUUCACUGACCGAAAUAUUUGGUCAGAUGCGGAAGCAAUCCAAUUACGGACUUUGUUAUCGGAAAGAAAGCGAUCAUCAUAA